GUCACAGUGAGUUUGGUUCCAAAUCACAUCGCCACCUCCUCCCUGGUAACAUUACCGAGGCGGAGACACCUGUGGCUGAACGGAUUAUUUUAUUUUUGAGAAAAAAUCUUAAUCCCGUAUUUUGUUCACAGCCUCAAAACCCGUGGACAUGUUCAACAGUAAUCGCAGGGAGUUUGAUGAGGACCCGUUCUUCUCGGAUCCAUUUCAGGCUCACAGGGAACAUAUGCGGCAGAUGAUGCGUAGCUUCUCUGAGCCAUACGGUGGGCUCGUAGUUCCCAGUAUAAUGGAUGGGAGAAACUGUGGUUUUGACGUGUCAGAACAUCCAAGCUCAUCCCUGGCACUGAGGGGCGAAAACGGGGAUGUGAGCCGGUCAUUGAUGCCCUUUGGCAGUAUUGACAGCACGGAAAUGACUCGGAACCCUUUCAGCAUGUUCGACAACAUGAUGUCCAGCAGGAGAAACAGGAUGCAGGAGAUGCACAAAAACUUUGAGAACAUGUCCACAGAUUCAAACACCCACUCAUUCAGCUCCUCAUCAGUCAUGACAUAUUCAAAGGUUGGAAAUGAGCCUCCGAAGGUCUUCCAGGCGAGCUCGUCCACACGCCGUGCCCCUGGAGGGAUCAAGGAGACCCAGCAAGCAGUUAAAGACUCUGAGACUGGUCUGGAGAAGAUGUCCAUUGCUCACCACAUCCAGGACAGGGGACAUGUUGUUGAGAAGAAAUACAACAAGAAAACAGGACAGAAGGAGUUCAACCAGGACUUUAAUAAUAUUGAUGAAUCUGAAGCACAGUCUUUUGACGAUGAGUGGCAGCAGGAGGUGUCCAAGUUUCGACCACUUGGCCCAAUGUUUAGUCUGGAGGAACCCGGACCCUGUGGAUCUCACCAGGCAGCCCUCCCCUGUGCUGAGCAGGAGCCCAGUGACCAAUCGAAGGGCAAAGCUGAGGGUAAAAGCAACAUGAAAAGCUCAGGCUCGACAAAGCAGUGAAACAUCUAUUUGUGUGCUUAUUAAAGUCUUUCAAGAAUCAUGCAGUACACUUGGGUGCUCUGUACCCCCUCACACACACACAGACACACACACACACACGCCCUGUCAUCAUAGGGACAGAAUCAGACGGCACUGACCAAGAUUUUGGAACAUAUAUAAGACGAUACGUUUUACAUUUUCCAAAGCAUAUUGGAAUCAUGGAAAGAUCAGAGUAAUUGAAACCCGCUGAAGAUGGCUGCCCCGUUACAGUGAACAUUUUCUGCUUUUUCAUGGGUCAAAUUAUUCCUUUCAUCUUACUGUUUAUAUGACUCUUAGCACAGCUCACACUUGAGUUUGAAAACAUUAACAGAAAGAAUAAGGAAGCUGUAGUGUGUUGGCUAUAGAGCAUGCAAACCAGCAGUGUAAUCCUUUACCCGUAUUAAUUAUCUUAUAUGCUUAUAAAACAUCACAAUAAAGUUACAAAUGGGUCCUUAAUCUUUCACAACGACCAGGAAACUAAAAGGGUCAUUAGUAUUUCUAUGGAUGUAAAGGUGGUAGGAAUUACUUACAUCAUUACACAUUAACAGUCUAAGAGCAAUUCAUUUAUAAGAGUUGGCAUCAAAUUCAUAGAAUGUAUUUAUGUAUGGCAUUUGGAUGAUACCAUCUGUUUUCCUCAUUGCCAUUUUCAUAAUGCAAAAAGGCACAACAUUUAUUGUCUUUUUGGAAAUCUACUAAUGCACUUAGACAAUGUCUAAAUUGUCUUUUUGUAAUUAUAUUGUCCAGUACCAGGUGCUCUAAAUAUAUGUAUUUUAUCUGCUGUAAUCUUUGUAAAAAGAAUAAUACUUUUCCCUUUUUAUAUGUUACUUUGGUUUCUCUUGUUUUUCAUCUGAUGCUUUGUGCUGCCCAGCACGAUAUCUUGAC